AUGCCGCCUUUCACAACUGGAUCGGCGUCGAGUAAAGGACCCGUGCUUUAUGCAGAAGGGGCUCUAGAUGUUCCUAUUAGGGGUCCCUCGGGGGUCACCGUUCCUGCCGCCCCCUUGUUGCCUUCGUUCACUGCUUCCCCCUGUGUGCUUAGAGCGAGGCCCGGCUUCUUCCUCCCCGCCAGAAAGCUAGAACCAGCAAAGCUGUAUAUGAGUAACUACUUGAAGAACCAGCACAAGAUGCAGCAGCAAAUGAAGGUGGCCGUACCAACAGACUGGGAGCCUUCACCUGAAUCCUAUCAGGGGUUCCCGCAGGCUCCUCAUGACCUUCAGGGGUCAUCUGCACCACUAACAAGCAAUGAGACUACACUCUGGGACAAUUUGGCUCAGAUUAGUGACGAGACUGCCCUUAGGGACACGGGAUUUGUUGGGUUUACAUUUGCCCGUGCUGCUGCAGAACGGGAGGAGGCCCUACCCUGCGCGAAGCCGGCGUGUGGCUGUAUGGCAACUGUAGGGUGGGUUGACGAGUUCCAAUGUCCGCACUCUGGUUGGAGUCGCCCUGGAAGUUUUUCGGCAGCCUGUGGUUUUUCUCUCGAUGCUGCGGCAGCGAGGGAAAUUGCAGCAGCGGCAGCACAGGGCGACGUGCUAGCAGCGGCAACAGUACAGCAGUUUUUCUCACUGGGAGAUGCUGCUCCUCUUCGGGGUGAAGGAGUCCCGACAGCUUACAAAAUGCAAGGGAAACAGGAACUUUCAAAAUCGACGGUGCCUCCCAGAAUGCAGGGGCCUCUAGAGAUUGUGCAGCCUACACUGGGUUCGCGCAAUACCAUGCCCAGAAACGGCCGGAGGCUUAAAAGUGCAAUUCCUCUUGCAGAAACUCCCGUAGGUCGCGCUCCGAAGCAAACCCAGCGGGCGUCACGCAUGUGGGCAUCUAAGCCCAGGGAUAAAGGGCAUGAAAGAGAUAGCCCCAGCAGAAGAUACUAUACAGUACAGGACACAGACACUGAUGUAGCUUUGAGAGGCAUAUGCGGAGAAAGAGCCAGGAGCGAGCAGGCCAGCAGCACAAGCAGGGUGGACGACCAAGCCAAGCCUUUGGAUUGUCUGAUGCGGGAUCUUGAGGGUACAAACGCCAAAGCAUUAAGGAGCAUUGUCCUCAGACUCAUAGACUGCAGACGACUUGAAACCCAAAUAGAGGCAGAUUCACACCAACUCCAAGUCCUUGAUGCCAUUUUACACCAACACGAAGCACCAGACACUGCUGUGGCUCAUCUCUUGGGAAAAUACGGGGGGGACCCGGGGCAGCCCCUUGCCCAAUACCUCAUCCCACCAAGGAAAGCAAAUUUGCAUGGGGUCCCCAUAGAAGCACAUACCCAGGCCCAAGGGAGAAAAGCUCUUCAGGAAGACGAGAUUCUCAACAAGAGAGCCCUAAAAAGUGGGUUGCCCAUCAAUGAAGGCAUUCGUUCUAAAGGUGCUCCCGGUCCGAGCUCCCCCGGCGGCAUAUCAGUGGUGAACGCAGCUCUUGGCGUGGGUCUCCAUCACAGCACAUUCGCGGGGGAGGUCUGA